GGAGCUACCGGGAGCAGUAGAGCUACAGAGCCGCCGCGCGCCCGCCCCGGAGGAGCCAAACGGAGGAAGGUCCGACCCAGAACCGAGCGAUGCGAGCGCAGCAGUAGAAGGAGCAGAACAGGGAACCGUUAUCGAGAUUUACCGACAGAAGACAGACACGGAGACCCCCACCGGACACCACGCAACCAGCUGCGGAGGCUACAUCGUGUGGUUUUUCUCUUUCCUUCCCUUUUUGCGCUUUGGAUCGAACCGAGCGGAUCCGUGAUUGAAUGCGUUAACGGCGCCUCCGUCCCGGUCUGAGAGAAGAGGGAGCUGCCCAGAGCGAAGCAGAGGAGCAGAGGGAGACAGAAGGAGGAAAUAAAGGCAGAAAGAAGGAGCAGCUUCCCUUUUUUUUUUUUUUUUUCUUUUUUUUUCUUUUGGGUUCCAGCUCACGCGCAACUUUCAUUUCUCCACCUUUUUCCGUUUUCUUCCGUGGAUCCCGGUACCGGUAACGCUAUCAAGCUGUGUUCUCUAACCAUGGGAUGUACUCUGAGCGCAGAGGAGAGGGCGGCUCUGGACCGGAGCAAAGCCAUCGAGAAGAACCUGAAGGAGGACGGGCUGACCGCGGCCAAAGACGUGAAGCUGCUGCUGCUCGGGGCUGGAGAGUCGGGGAAGAGCACCAUCGUCAAACAGAUGAAGAUUAUCCAUGAGGACGGUUUCUCUGGCGAUGACGUGAAGCAGUACAAGCCUGUCGUUUACAGCAACACCAUCCAGUCGCUGGCCGCCAUCGUCCGUGCCAUGGAUACGCUGGGCCUGGAGUAUGGAGACAAAGAACGCAAGGCGGAUGCCAAGAUGGUGUGCGAUGUGGUCAGUCGUAUGGAGGACACGGAGCCUUACUCCGCCGAGCUGCUUUCCGCCAUGAUGCGUCUGUGGUCCGACUCGGGCAUCCAGGAGUGCUUCAGCCGCGCCCGAGAGUACCAGCUCAACGACUCAGCGCAGUACUACCUGGACAGCCUAGAUCGGAUCGGUGCAGCAGACUACCAGCCGACAGAGCAGGACAUCCUGAGGACCCGGGUGAAGACCACGGGCAUCGUCGAGACACACUUCACCUUCAAAAACCUCCACUUCAGGCUGUUUGAUGUGGGAGGUCAGAGGUCGGAGAGGAAGAAGUGGAUCCACUGUUUUGAGGACGUCACAGCCAUCAUCUUCUGUGUGGCGCUCAGCGGAUACGACCAGGUGCUGCACGAGGACGAGACCACGAACCGCAUGCACGAGUCUCUGAAGCUCUUUGACUCCAUCUGUAACAACAAGUGGUUCAAGGACACCUCCAUCAUCCUCUUCCUGAACAAGAAGGACCUGUUUGAAAGCAAAAUCAGCAAGUCGCCGCUGUCCAUCUGCUUCCCGGAGUACACUGGUCCUGAUACGUACCUCGAGGGAAUCGCCUACAUUAAGGCUCAGUAUGAGAGCAAGAACAAGUCGCCCAACAAAGAGGUCUACUCCCACGUGACCUGCGCCACCGACACCAACAACAUCCAGUUUGUGUUCGACGCCGUCACCGAUGUCAUCAUAGCCAACAAUCUGCGGGGCUGUGGCCUGUACUGAUGAUUCUUCUAAAGCUUAGCCGAUGGGUGGUGGAGGUAUUUGUGGUACCUGUAUGUACCACACCUGUGAGUGAUGUCAUCAUGUGCCAGCCAGUCAGAUGCGGCCAUAAUACCGAUCUACCACCCGGCUGCCCUCUAGUCCAGCUUGAAUUACUUCCUCCAUUGGUUGGUUGGUUGGUUGGUUGAUUGGUUGAUUGAUUGAUUGAUUGAUUGAUUGAUUGAUUGAU